UACAGUUCAUUUUGUUGUGGUUUGGAAUUUUCUAUCCACAGUUGAUUUUUCAAACUUAAGAGUCAUUAAUCUUACUAAUUUCCGAAUGCUGACCACCCUCAAACCUUGCAAUCACAAUGCAUACCCAUAGAAAUAUACAAUAAGUAAUAUGCAAAAACAGAGUUUAAACGAAGACUUAUGAUAUAGACAUUUCUGAUAUAGUUCACGUAGCCUAGUGUUUCUUCGGUGUUGCAGUCUAUAAUUUACAGGUAGAAACUCAUUUUAGGUUAUUUAGGUUUAUUUCUUACUGUUGCUUGCCGAUAGACUUUCCAUCAGUGACAUAAUAGCACAUUAAUCGAAUGUAGCCUAUUUCAUGUUUGCGUUUGAAAUACUGAUGGCGUUAGAUAAUACUCUUCAUUUCUAUUCAGGGCCAGUAUUAAACUAAGUGUGACGUUAAUGCACGGCUUUGAUUAUUCAUAUUUGAAGAUCAUCAAAUACGCUCUGCUCCCGGAGUCACUUUCAUGCUGACAAGUGGGUGCGAAUUUACUUCCCCUUUCAAUGAAGAAGAAACGUCAUCUCUAAUAAUGGAGCCAAUACUACAAGGAAAGCCUAUACUUCCUAUUUGAGAACAGAUUCUAAUUUUUUGCGGUUCCGAAGCUUAUAAGUUUCAAAUGGAAAUGUAGGCCUAUAGUCUUAAGCGUCAGCGAAUCAGUGAAGAUGGAGCCACUACGUAUUUUUGUAGUCAAGUUUAUCCUACAAUCAUCCCCAUUUACGUGCAAUAAAUUGCCGAUUAAAUGUAGCCUCUCUGUUUUAGAAUUCAAAUAAGAUAAAAAAAUAAAAUAAGAACAUCAGACGAUAUAACAAACUUUACUGUUUUAUUUAUACCAGUGAUUAAUUUAAUCUACCCUUCUAUAUGACAUUUAUUAAAUCAUCGAAAACUGUACUUAAUCGCAAGGAAUUUACUGGUUAACUUCAGUUGUUUUACUUAUUUGUAGUCCGAAUGAUGUGAAAAUAGUUAUAGCACGUCUAAAUUAGCUCCGACUUUUAAUUGCGUCAUAAUUAUGCUCGCGUGGCUAGCCUCCAGUCGUUAAUCAAACCCCCUUUCUCCGGCUCUGAUUAAUUUGACUAAUAUUAUUGUUUUGCUGUCUAAUCAAAGGGGAUCACGAAUAUACAUCGCUUACAACAGCAGAAAGAUCAUGGUCCUCACACCUCGUGCAUAUGAAAGGUUGGUUGGUUUCGAGAGACGGCGAACUUGGCAAAACGGGCCCUUUUAUCUCAUUUGAUAGAGACAACGUGCAGGGAAGAUCAGGGAGAACUUCAAAGGCUUUUCAAUGACUGAGAUUAUCAAAGGACGACUGACCUCUAUAUACUAGACCACCUUCAGCACUACAGCACUCCAAACAGCACAAGUCAGAGGAAAGAGGACAGAGCAUUACCUCUCUGCAUCUCCUUCUCUACCUUUUGCAUUACAUUACGACGGACAAUUUGAAAAGUGGACUUUUAACGGUAAUCAUGGCGCCCUUCGUCUUCUGUGUUCUCUGCCCACUGCUCGCCUGCUGGACCAGCAUCGUGAGCUCUGGGUCGAUUCCUGUGGAACUCGCUCUCAGAAAAGCGCUUUUGCAAAGGGCUCGCGGAGCACACCGAUCCGGUUCAAGUUCCCUGGCGUCUGCUUCCAGUUUCGCGUUAAAAACCCCUGGAUUCCAUCCCAACGGAUACCCGCUGUACAUGAUGCAGCUUUACCGAACCUUAACCGCCGCAGACCGCGUUAGAGUGACACCUGUCAGCACCACCAGAAACACAGGCCACGAGAACCCGCUACUACACGAGGCUGACUCCGUUCUCAGUCUCAUAGCGAAAAGUUGCUUCCAGGUGGGGGAGAGGUGGACAAUCACCUUCGACAUGUCCGCCAUAUCGGCGAGGGACAGCGUCCAGCUGUCGGAGCUCCGCGUGCACCUGCCAGAGUUUUCCGCCGCCAAGCGCGUGACCGUGGACGUGUACCACUCCCUCGGGCAGGGCUGCGGGCACGCGGGGCCCUGCCGGGAAGAGCGCCUCCUGCUGGGCAGCUUCGGCGCCGUGCCGGGCGCCACCGAGUCGGCCUGGAAGGUCUUCAACGUGACGGGCAUUAUCCAGGCCUGGCUGCGCCGGCAACGAGGGGGGGCCACGGCGGCCCGUCGGGAGGGCGAGCGGGACGAGGGGCGGGGCGGGAAGGUCCAGCACCCGACGGCCAACCGGGUCAUGAUGGUGGUGUUCUCCAAGCAGACCGCGCCACGCGACGGGCAGCGGGCGCCGACGCUCAUCCGCGCGGUGGAGAGCUCCAAGUACGUGGCCCAGGAGCGGCCGUCCGGCAGGGAGCCCGCGGGCCGCCGGCACAAGAGGGACCGCAGCGGCGGCAGGGAGAGCGUGCGGGCGGCGGGGGGCGCCGCGGCCGGCUCCUCCCCCGCCGCCGCCACCGCCUCCGAGCCUGGCCGGGGCCCGCUCUGCCGGAGGGUGGACAUGUGGGUGGACUUCGACCAGAUCGGCUGGAACCAGUGGAUCGUGUACCCCAAGCGCUACAACGCCUUCCGCUGCCAGGGCGAGUGCCCCAGCCCCGUGGACGAGGACUUCAAGCCCACCAACCACGCCUACAUGCAGAGCUUGCUGAGGAUGCAUCACCCGUCGAGAGUGCCGUGCCCGUCCUGCGUGCCCACGCGGCUCAGCCCCCUCUCCAUGCUGUACUACGAGGACGGGGAGGUGGUGAUGCGGCACCACGAGGACAUGGUGGUGGAGGAGUGCGGCUGCCACUGAGCGCGCCCCGCGACGGCCCGGUAUCGGACCAACUGCAAAAAAAAAAAAAAAAGCCAACGCGUCGCCGUCGGCCCAGCGCUGG